GAUUAGUCUGAAGAAUGCUAAUUUGCACCCCCAAAUACAUCAGUGUAAAUGAUUUUGGCAUUUCUGUCCACCAUAAUCGACGGAAUAAUACUCCUUUAGAUCAGAUCAGAUCCUCCCCACCCAUUUUCUUAUAUUCAAAGUCUUGAAGUGUGUGUAUAUACAUAUGUAAUCAUUUCCUGAUCUAGAUAUUUAUACACACGUCUGUCUACCAGUGGGAGUAAACGCAAAGCUUGUCAACAGAGAUGGCCAAUCCGCUGGUUUCAUAUAGAUGUCUCUUUCUGAUCUCUCUCUUCUCCAUGUCCCUCUUUCUUGAUGAUCAUUCCAUGCUAACCUACAUUAAAGCAUCAGAAGAUAAGUAUCCACAAUCCCAGGAAUCUGACAGAGUAAUAAAAUUACCAGGCCAGCCUCCCAGCCCACCAAUCUCCCAGUUCUCAGGUCACAUCAAUGUCGAUCCAGGAAAUGGGAGGGCCCUCUUCUACUGGUUCUUUGAAGCUCAGUCUCAGCCGUCCAAGAAGCCUCUACUUCUCUGGCUUAAUGGAGGACCUGGAUGUUCCUCAGUUGGGUAUGGUGCAGCUGUGGAGUUGGGACCUCUUAGAGUGGACAAAAAUGGAGUUGGCCUUCACUUCAAUAAAUAUGCUUGGAAUAAAGAAGCCAACCUAUUAUUUGUGGAGUCGCCGGUUGGAGUAGGGUUCUCUUACUCCAACACAUCUUCUGAUCUCACCAAAGCACUGGAUGAUGGCUUUGUGGCUGAGGAUACCUACAACUUCUUGGUGAAUUGGCUGCAAAGAUUUCCACAGUUCCAAACCCAUGAUUUCUUCAUCGCAGGAGAGAGCUACGCAGGCCACUACGUUCCACAACUCGCGGAGCUUGUGCAUGACCGGAACAGGGAUAGAACUAAAUACCCGAUGAUAAAUCUUAAAGGUUUUAUGGUAGGAAACCCAGAAACUGAUGAUUACUAUGAUUCAAAGGGUUUUCUCGAAUAUGCUUGGAGCCAUGCUGUCAUAUCAGACCAGCUCUAUGACACGGCUAAAACAGUGUGUGAUUUUAAGAGCUCCAACUGGUCUAAUCAAUGUAACAAUGCCAUAGGCCAAGUCUUUGAAAAAUAUGCAGAGAUUGACAUCUACAACAUUUACGCCCCUUCGUGUCUCCUCCUCAACAGCAAUUCUUCAUUGGCUCAUAGCAGCAGGCCGAACAGCGUCCAUUCACAGGUGAAUAAUCAAGGGUUGAGGAGGUUGAGAGUUUUAGGAGGCUAUGACCCAUGUUUUUCCACAUAUAUAGAAGAGUAUUUCAACAGGGUAGAUGUUCAAGCAUCCAUUCACGCAAACAAAGGAAGAGAUUCUAGUACAAAAUGGAUGGUCUGCAGUAAUUAUAUCACAUACAAUAUCACCGUCUAUUCUCUCCUGUCCACCUACACCAAACUCAUCAAGGGUGGCCUCAAGAUAUGGAUUUACAGUGGGGACACAGAUGGCAGAGUGCCAGUCAUUGGGUCACGAUACUGGAUUGAGGCUCUUUCACUUCCCCUCAAAUCUCCUUGGCGUUCUUGGUAUCACAACCAUCAGGUUGGAGGGAGGAUAGUGGAGUAUGAAGGCAUAACAUUUGUGACAGUGAGAGGGGCAGGUCAUUUGGUACCUCUCAACAAGCCUAGUGAAGCUCUUUCCCUCCUUCACUCUUUCUUGACUGCUCAACCUCUCCCUACCCAUACAUGACCUUUUCACUUUUUUAUUCUAACAAAGGAUUUUGAUGAUCCUUUCCAGCUUGGAUCAAAUCAUGUAUAAGAUGUAACAUCAUGUUGUUGUUGUUGUGAGCCAUUACCAGAUAGCAAAAGAACUUCACUUUUGCACCAAUCAAAAGCUGACACGUUGUGUUUUAA